GUGAAUAAAGUACAUAUGACACUUGAGAGCCAUGGUCGCUGCUACUGCUUCCUGUUCCUUUCUGGUGUCAGCGUGUCUGGGUGCGAACAGGGCAACCUACUCCACCUGCGGGUCACCUGGGAGUGCACCUCGCCAGGGAGGAAGGAACCCGGAAGCCCUGCCCGGUUCAGGGGUGGAGGUGCUUCUGAUGCGCCACUUACUACGAACACAGGCCACUCAGCUGGUUGUGGGGGAGGAUACAGACGAGACAUCUCGGACCCAUGCUGCCCUUUGAGGCUCCACCCCCCACACUCUUACUCUCGUCUAUACCCCACCUUAUGGCGGGUCGCCUCUGCGGGGCCAGAAAAGGAAAAAGCGUCAGGGCCGGGAAGGCACGCGCCGCCACCGGAACGCAAAGCACCAAGUUGCGGCCGCCCGGGGACCAGAGUCCGCGCUGCGCCGCCCCCGCGUGACCCGGCCGAGUACUUCCUGUGGAGGAGAAUGAGGCCGCUGUGCCGGGCGCUCCCGGCCUGGGUCUGCGCCUUGGCGCGGACCCCCAGAGCCCACGUCUGCAGCGAUGUCGGAGGCCCCUCCUACACGCAGGGCCAGAGCCCGGAGCCGCGGACGCGCGAGUACUUCUACUACGUGGAUCAUCAGGGCCAGCUUUUCCUAGAUGACUCCAAAAUGAAGAACUUCACCACCUGCUUUAAAGACCCUCAGUUCCUGGUCACCUUCUUCUCCCGCCUGAGACCCAACCGCAGCGGGCGCUACGAGGCCGCCUUCCCUUUCCUGUCGCUCUGCGGCAGGGAGCGCAACUUCCUCCGCUGCGAGGACAGGCCGGUGGUCUUCACGCACCUGCUGUCGGCCGGCCCCGGGGCCCCGCGCCUCUCCUACUGCGGCGGCGGCGAGGCCCUGGCGGUGCCCUUCGAGCCCGCGCGCCUGCUGCCCCUGGCGGCCAACGGGCGCCUCUACCACCCGGCGCCGGAACCUGUGGGCGGCGUGGGCCUGGUGCGCUCGGCCCUGGCCUUCGAGCUCAGCACCUGCUUCGAGUUCGCGCCCGGCGCGCCCGCGCAGCCCUCUCACGUGCGCUGGCAGGGCCGCCGCCUGGCGCUCACCAUGGACCUGGCGGCGCGGCUCACCGCCCUGCCGCCCUGAGCCCCCGGCCUGCGCACGCGCCGCCCGCCAGCGCGCGCCCCCUCCCCGCGCGCGCGCGCGCCCGCCCGCCUGCCGCUGUCCGAGGUGCUGCCGCGGCCCGGCCGGCGCUCCGGGAGGGCGGGGUCGCGGGGCCGGGCGCCCUCCGCUCCGGCUGCUCCUAGUCGCCCCCGGCCGGCCUGAACUCGCGGGCUCCGGCGCGCGUGCGCGAGCGGCGCCGGCCCCUCCCCCGUGGGCGCUGCUCGGUGGGCCGAGGCCGCGGGGUGCUCGGCCGGGAGCCGCAGCGCGGGAGCGUCAGGUGAGCCGGCACUCGCCCCAAGGUCAGCAGGAGACUGGGUGGGAGCCGGAGCCGGGGCUGGGGCGGCUGUGUCCCCAACGCGCGCGGGAGGGGGGGCGAGGAGGGGCUGUAGGCCCUGGCAGGGGCCACACCCUGCCUCCAGCUGAUCAGGGACCGCCCCGCGCUGGAACGCGUGCAGAACACACCGUGGGAAAUCGAGGCACUGUGCCCCGCGGCCUCUGUCCCUCUGGCCAGGUGAGGCCUCCAGGAGUGACAGAGUCACAGCCAUCUCCGAAAUCUGCGUGAUGCCCCGCCCCCAGACCAGCUGGAUUAGGGGUUUAGCCACUGGGUAAAAAGGAAUUCUGUCCUGUUCCCCCUCCCUUCUAGUCUGGGCCCACAGCCUUGCCCAGGACGGUCUUCUGCACUCAUCUGAUUCUGGGGUGUCCUUGUGAGCAUCAGCCCCGAUAACCUUCCCUCCUCUAGCAGCAGCCUUGCCACUGGAAACUGGGUGGCAGGCGCAUUGUGCUCACAGAACUGGAUUCUUGGAGCCCAGAAAAUAUCCCCCCGAUUCUUGAGGUUCAUACAGCCUCAUCUGACUCACCUGGGAUCUGCCUUUGCCUAAGCCAAAGCUAUUAAAAUAUGUGCCUAAUUCAUCUCUAGUGACUUCAUAUUAUCAUGUGAGUUACUGUGGAGAACAAAAUUGAAACACUGAGACCACUUGUUACCUUCCCACAUGACUCACUUUUGCUAUUAAGGAGACCUGGUGAACAGGUGGGUAUUCAAAGAGGCGACCAUUAGAUGUGGGCCAAAGUCAGGGAACAGCACGCCCUCAAGCCCUUACAUCUUUGCUUCCAGACUGAUUAACUUCCCAGGUCAGGUUCACACCUUCACAGUUGGGACUGUUAUGUCUGCAACAAGACCCAGGUUUUCUUCCACCUCUCUAGAGUCACAGUUACAUGUGUAUAAAUCCAACAUACCACACAAUCUUCACAGUCCAGAGGCUCACUGUUUUCUUUCUUUCUUUUUUGUUUAAGAUUUUAUUUAUUUAUUAAUGAGAAAGAUAGGAGAGAGAGAAAGAACCAGAUAUCACUCUGGUACAUGUGCUGCCGGGGAUUGAACUCAGGACCUCAUGCUUGAGAGUCCAAUGCCUUAGUCACUGCACCACCUCCCGGACCACGCUCACUGUUUUCAAAGCCUACAUGAGAAACUACACUGGAAGCCCAGGCAUUGGGACCUGGAACCUCUACUCUAGGUUCUAUGGCUUGUAUUGUCUUGUGUCAGUCCCUAGAGUAACCACCACAGGUCAAGGGGUGUCUGUUCAGGGCCUGCUCUCCCAGCCCUUGGACAGCUGGUCCCAGGGUUUCACUGCUUACUCGUUCCCAAGUCAGUUCUUUGCACCAACUUCUUGCAAGCAUCAAAAGAGUGGACCAAAGCUGGUUGCUAGGAUGUGGAAAGCGACAAUCCUGACGUCCACAGGCAUAACCAUGGUGCCCCUGGUGCCAGGAAGAGAUGGAGAGGGAAAAAGGCAGGCGGAGUGGGGUUGGCUCUCCAUGUAGCCUGUGGGGCAAGAUUAAGAACAUAAGGAAUUCUAUAUUGAAAUGCCUCACUCUUUAUGGGUUUGUUUUUU